CACCAACAUUCUCCCAGAGGUUCCUGCUCUUCCACAUCUACUGCAGAAGAUCCACGUUCUACACACUCUUCUGUGGAGCAUCUGAGGAGCAUCAUGGCUCAGAGUAAUGGAGAGACGCGGCGUCCUGCAAGCCGGAUCCAGCAGAUCCGAGAGCACAUGACAAAGAGAUCCAUCAGCGCCCAAACCGCCGUACGCAACAUCACCGCCAGCGACAUAAAAUCCUUCUUGAGGAGAAACGCUUUCGUCAUCCUCACCGUCAUUGCUGUCAUCAUUGGUAUAAUUUUGGGGUUUGCGUUGCGCCCCUAUAAGAUGUCGUAUCGUGAGGUGAAGUACUUCUCUUUUCCCGGAGAGCUGCUGAUGAGAAUGCUGCAGAUGUUAGUGCUCCCCCUGCUGGUGUCCAGCUUAAUUACAGGGAUGUCUGCAUUAGACAGUCGUGCAUCGGGCAAGAUGGGCAUAAGGGCUGUGAUCUACUACACCACCACCACCGUUAUUGCCGUCUUUAUCGGCAUCGUUAUGGUGGUUAUCAUCCAUCCAGGAAGGGGCGGAGCCAAACAGCACCGACAGACACAACAGGGUUUGGAGGAGGUGAACGCGGCGGACGCUUUCCUCGAUUUGAUCAGAAACAUGUUUCCUCCAAACCUGGUGCAGGCCUGUACCCAGCAGUUUAAGACUCAGUAUGGAAAGAGGAUCGUGACGGUGAGGGUGCUUCUGAACACCUCCGAUAACAGUUCAGACGAGAGUACGGAGAUGGGGUACGAGGAGGCGAUACCCGUGCUGGGUACGGUUAACGGCAUCAACGCUCUCGGCCUGGUCGUCUUCUCCAUGUGCUUCGGCCUCAUUAUCAGGGGGAUGAAGGAGCAGGGUCAGCCCCUCCGCGACUUCUUCGACUGUCUCAACGAAGCCAUCAUGAGGCUCGUAGCCAUUAUUAUGUGGUACGCUCCUGUGGGGAUCCUCUUUCUGAUAGCCGGGAAGAUCGUGGAGAUGGAGGACCUGUCGGCCAUGGGGGGGCAGCUGGGUCUCUACACAAUGACCGUCAUUGUCGGCCUGCUCAUCCACGCCAUCCUGGUCCUGCCCCUCAUCUACUUUGUGGUUACACGCAGAAACCCCAUCGUGUUCAUCGGGGGGCUUCUGCAGGCCCUCAUCACAGCACUGGGAACCUCAUCCAGUUCUGCCACUCUGCCCAUCACAUUUAAGUGUUUGGAGGAGAAUAACGGUGUGGAUAAGCGAGUGACGCGUUUCGUCCUGCCAAUUGGUGCAACCAUCAACAUGGAUGGCACAGCGCUGUACGAAGCUCUCGCCGCCAUCUUCAUCGCUCAGGUCAACAACAUGGAGCUGAACUUUGGUCAGAUCCUCACCAUCAGUAUAACAGCUACAGCCGCCAGUAUCGGAGCAGCAGGGAUCCCACAGGCCGGACUGGUUACCAUGAUUAUAGUGCUGACCUCUGUAGGACUGCCCACAGAUGACAUCAGUCUCAUCAUCGCAGUGGAUUGGUUCCUAGAUCGUUUGCGCACCACUACUAACGUGUUGGGUGAUUCGAUUGGCGCCGGUGUGGUGGAGUUUCUGUCGCGGCACGAGCUGAUGGCCGCCGAUGCUGAGCUGGGUAACUCGGUGCUGGAGGAGGGCGAGAGGAAGAAAUCUCCGUAUCAGCUGGUAUCUCAGGAGAACGAGAGCGACCGCGCCAAGAUCCCCGACAGCGAGACCAAGAUGUAGCAGCACAACCGACGCUAAUAACUCAGCUAAGAGUCUGAGGAGACUGUAUGUUUAUACAUGUGAAUAAAAUGUGAUGGACACCAUGUUAGAUUAGCGCUCUCACUCUGACAGGAGCGUAGAGUCGCUAUGCGGUUAGAAACACGCUGGCCGGAUUUGUUUGCUAAUUGAAGAACAGCUAAAUGUGUUAAUACGGAACAAACGGGGAUCAAAACUACAAGAAUCAGAAGCUACAGCGUCUUAACGAGUUCAGCUAAAUUAGCAGUGAUAUAGAAGGGAUGUUGUUAGCACUGUUAGCAUUUUGCUGGCUACCUGUGUACAGGUCGGGUUUCUGUGAGCGUGAGGUGGUGAAGUAAACUGAUACGUCAUUGCUAAUUGCACUUAUCAUGUUAACAUGCUGUAGUUUAGCAUCUUAGCUUAGUGCUCAUGUGGUUCCAGGCCUCUUUUCUUUCUUUCGUUUGUAUCAUUCGUUCACAAUUUUCAAAGAGUUAAAAAGAGUAAAAAAUGUUAAAAACGAAGCCUGACCUGGUAGUGAUCAUGUGAUCACUCGACCAUGCCCUUGAUUCAGUAAAGAAUUCUGAGUAAAUAAUGUUUCAUAAACAAACGAUUUUCUUUAUAAUGACGUUUUAUACUGAAAUAAAAAUCUAAAAGUGA